UUGACGUGAGAGGUUAAGUUCGUUUUGAUCUCGAACACAAAUUAAUUUGGUUAUCUCGUGAUUCUUCGACUUUUGCUUGGAAAUAAUGCGGACAUUGGCCAAUAUCACUGCUAUAUUACUGAUGGUACAAUUGAACGUUUAUAUAGCCACCGAUUGGUGGUGGGGAGCGAGAGAUCCAUUUGGUCCGUAUCCCAGAAUACCAGAUAAAGAUUUGGUGAAGAGAGAGGUUGCAUUUGCAGAGGAGUGCAGGAAAACUAUGACUCCGCCUAAAGAUGUAUUUCUACCUUAAGGGAUCUUUGUUUUAAUUGUACAGUGAACAUAUAUGUCUUUUUCC